AUGGGUGCUAGUACUGCUGCUAAUGCAAAGUAUUUCCACUUAGCAUUGCUUGUGUUUAGUACUCUUUGUGUUUUUAUGAAUGGUAUUUGUCAUGGGAGGAAUAUAGGUGGUAGUUUUGUUGAUCCUAAUCGUUGGAGGUCUGGUGAUGAUAAUGAUGAUGAUUAUUGUUUAUAUAGAAGUUGGAGAUGUGGUGGAAAAGGUGGUGCUGUUGGGGGUUCAAGACAUGGUGAAGGUUAUGGUGCAGGCGAAGGAAACAAUGGAGAUGGGGCAAUGGGUAUUGGAGGAGGAGGGGGAGGAGGAGAAGGUAGUGGCAUUGGUGGGAAUGGUGCAGGUUAUGGUCAUGGUAAUGGUUUUGGUGAUGCGGUAGGGUUUGGUGGUUUUGGAGGUGGAAGUGGUGGUGGAGGAGGUGGUGGUAUAGGUAAUGGAGGAGUAGGUCAAGGUAGUGGUUUUGGAGCUGGUUUUGGGAUGGGCGGAGUCAAUGGGGGACAUAGUGGUGGAGGAGGAGGAGGAGGAGGGAGUGGAGGCGGAACGAGCAAUGGAGGAGGGCAUGGUCGGGGGAGCGGUUUUGGUGCAGGUGGAGGAACUGGUGGGUUGGGAGGAAAUGGAGGAGGAGGUGGUGGUGGUGAAGGUGGGGGAGCAGGUAACGGAGGAGGAGAAGGACAAGGUCAUGGUGGCGGUUUUGGAGGGGGUGCGGGUGUAGGACAAGUUGGCAUGGGAGGGGGAGGAGGAGGUGGCGGGGGUGAGGGUGAAGGAGGCGACAAUGGAGGUCGAGGUUAUGGGAGUGGUUUUGGUGCAGGUGCAGGUAUAGGAGGAGGAGGAGGCGGUGGCGGAGGUGGAGGAGGGGGUGGGGGCGGAGAAGGUAGUAGUGGAGGGGAAGGUCAUGGUCAUGGAAGUGGUUUUGGUGGAGGUAUAGGUGGCGAAACGGGAGGAGGAGGAGGCGGAGGUGGAGGUGGUGGUGGUGGUGGUGGAGGUAGCAUUGGAGGAGGGUAUGGCCAUGGUAGUGGCUUUGGUGCUGGAAUCGGUACAACUGGAGGUGGUACUACCAAAGGUGAGGGCAAUAAUCGUGGUGGUAAAAAUGGCAUGGGAAUUGGAUUUGGCAUGGGCAUGGGUUUUGGUUUUGGAAUGGGAGCCAAUGGAGUAGAUGUCACCGGUCAAGGUGAUACCAACAAUCCUUAG